AUGUCUGAUCGCAUUAGAAAUAGAAGUCAACCUAGGGCAUCAAGCGAUACCGAACAUGACAGGCGUGAAUUUCAACAACCGUACUACCAACGAUUGAGGGGAAACCAGGAAUGGUUAUCCAGAGUAACAAACCAAACGACGGAAGGAGCUAUACGGGCUAAUCUAGGAUAUUGCAGGGAGGACUUCAGCGAGAUGAUAGCCCUACAAGGUCGAGAAGAAGCAUUGAUUCGAACUCAAGGAUGGGAUCCAGGUUCAGUCACGGUCCAACAAUACCUCAGACCGAGAGAGAACGAUCGAUUAGAACGCCCCUUCCAUCCCCAAGCGGAACCGAUCCGUCCAAAUACUCAAAAUUAUCAGGGUCAUCAGACACCCGAUCAAUCAACCUCCUCAACAUCAAUUCCCAGGAGCGACGCGCCCAAGAGGUCCCAGAAUAAACAGAGCUUGGAGAAGCUCCAUUUACUCAGAGAUGGUAAGGAUGGCAAGGUCCCUUCAGGGAACUUAUCAACAUCUGGAGGAGGGACGCAUCAGAGCCCAAAGAAGAGAUCAGGAUGGUCCCCCCCAGACAAUUACAACGGUCAGAACCUCUACACCACAGGUCAAUAA